AUCCUUUUAAAUACCGCUGCUCCAGGCUUCUACGGCAAGAGUAGUGACCAGAAACACGUCAUAAUACCAGACCGACAGGCUUGGGCUCAUAUUCAGCCUUGCUUACCCAGAAGAAACAUUACCUUACCGACCUUCUGUUUACCAACGCUUUGGAAUUUAGCCCACAAACCUCGAAUUUCCUUGAGUUAUCAUUUACGACCAUCCGAUAUCGGCCAUGGAAUCGACAAAUACCCGCCUAAGCAUCGAACAAGUCGAGGAAUACUCUCUUUAUACAACUGCCGAAAAAUGGUGCAUUAUUGCCAUGGUCUCGUACGCUGCUUUGUUCUCUGGCUUAAGCAGCUUCAUAUAUUAUCCAGCUAUCCAUGCAUUGUCUCAAUCGUUGUCUGUUUCAGUUGAUAAGAUCAACUUAUCUGUUACUUCUUAUCUUACGAUUGCAACAGUAGCGCCGACUUUAUUUGGGGACCUGGCCGAUGUCCUAGGUCGACGUCCUGUCUACAUGAUCACCCUCAGCCUCUAUGUAGUUAGCAAUGUCGCCAUUGCUCUAUCAAAGUCAUACCCAGCACUGUUAGGUCUUCGGGUACUACAAGCUCUGGCAACUUCCGCUACCAACUCGAUCGCAUACGGUGUAAUUGCCGAUGUCGCGUCCCCGGCAGAACGAGGUUCAUUCGUCACUGGGAUAUCUUUCGCCGUAACAAUGGCGCCCAGUUUUGGUCCCAUACUGGGAGGACUUUUGACUUACGCUGCAGGGUGGCCCUGGAUAUUCUGGUUUCUGUGCAUCGCUGCCAGUCUGUGUCUGCUUCUGAUGGCUAUUUUCUUGCCCGAAACGUGCCGCGCUGUAGUUGGUAACGGGAACAUCAAGCCUCCGAAGUAUUUACGACUUCCCACACGCAUUGUAAUGUGUCGUUGGAACGAAGACACCGUUGCUGCUCGUCCGAAGUCACGAAUACCUAAUCCUUUUAACUCCUUGACUAUCCUUCUCCGCAAGGAUAACGCUAUUGUCAUUCUAGCGGCUGGGAUCCUCUACCUCGUCUACUCUUGCUUAUGUACGUCGCUCUCGGUCAUCUUCAUUGCCGUCUAUAAGCUCAAUCAAUGGCAAACGAGCCUCGUCUACCUUCCUUUCGGUAUAGGUGGAAUAGUCUCAACGUUCUUUUCUGGACGAAUGCUCGAUAAUGCGUAUCGGAACGCGAGGACGAAAGGGGCUUCUCCAAAUGGGAUGUUCGGAUUUCACGUUGCCACUGUUUGCGGCGUGAUGGAACGCACAGUGACGUGGGAAACAAGUUGGGCCGCAUCCUACACGCAUCAAUUGCUAGAUGUCAUCAAAUAUGACAAUGAGACGAACGACCCUUGGCCGGAAUACGAUGCUGCUUGCAAGCAACUUAUCGAAGUCGUCAUUCCAAGGCUGUUGGGGGUUCUGCAAUCGGAUGGACGUCAUAUCACCCCGACUUUGGUUCAUGGUGAUCUGUGGGAGGGUAAUGUGGGAGUCGACAUGGAGACAGAGGAGGUUAUCGCGUUCGAUCCUGGAAGUGUUUGCGCGUAUAAUGAGGUGGAAUUCGGAACAUGGAGAUGUCCAUGGGCUCAUCACUUUAGCGCUCCAAUAUACAUGCGACUUUAUCAACGGCACAUUGAACCCUCGGAACCAGUGGAGGAGUGGGAUGAUCGCAACAGGCUCUACAGUAUUCGUGCAUUGUUGAAUCUAUCCGCUGGGCAUCGAGGAAGUGUCGCGAGACAAAUAGCUUACAACGAUAUGCUCUAUCUUUGCCAGGAGUAUGCACCACUGGAGGCGCUCGAGAAAUAUGAUCCUCAGAAAGAUAUCACAGUCACUGGCAUUCGUUCCUCGGUCAAUUUACCAUAAAUACAAGAGAGCAACUGGUCCCAAACACCGUACAAGUGGAACCCCGUUUCAUCCACGGGGACCUAUGGAAUGGAAACUUUGGCCUCGCCGAUGACACGGGGAAGCUUUACCUCUUCGACUCGAGCGGCUACUACGCUCACCACGAGAUGGAAUUUGCGUAUUGGAAGACACAGCAUCAUCGCAUGCACGAAAAAGACUAUUGCAGGCCCCUUCCUCUCUAGCAGG